CUUUGAGUCCAUCAAAGGCUGGGUCAUCCCUGGAGACGCAUGCACAGUUGCAUACACACUGACACACACCAGGGGUUUGUUUUUGAGGCUACACCCCAUUGGUUUUGAUUUUCUACAUUUAUAACUGUUCAUCCAGGGAUGCAUACUAUACUAGUGUGUAAUAUUGGUCAUUUUUGUGUUCAAACAGUUCAUGUUUAUGCAAGAUGUUGAAAAAGUUGCAAUGCCUUAAUUUGUAAAUAUAAACUGUGAAUGCUGGUUUUAGAUGAGCAGGAUGGAUUUGUAAGCCAUAAAAGAUUAGUUUUUAUAGCAGUGCACCCCUACCUUACUUUAUAGAAACUUGAUUUUAAGAUUAUAAUAUAGACAUCAUUUGGUCAGGAUUUUUAGUUUUUUAUCCUUAAAAGUGUGUGUUUUUUCCCGCAUGCAUAUAUUCCCACUUAUUAAACUCAUUUCAUAUGCUUGUUCCCUGGGACGAUGAUGGUUGUCUGCGAUGAAAGAAAUAUUUGCUUCUGCGGGCUGGUUGAAAUGUGACGCAUCGUAAUCCCAGUGACAGCUGCAGAAAGAUGAGCCAUGCAUACACAGAAAGAGAGAGAGAGAGAGAGAUGAUUAGAAGAACUGCACUGUGACUCAACCAUAUGCAUAGAAAAACAAGCAAGGACGUAGAGCUUUAAUGGAGACUGGAAAGUUUAUUGCUGACUGUACAGCAUAGAAAAUCAUCUUUUAAACCUCUAACCUGGUCUGUAGUGGUUCAGUAAUGUAUUUCACUGAGGUUUCGUCCUCUCUGUCAGGUGAGAUUACGGCUGGUUGAACCUCACCUGAAGCCUACAAAAACUUGAGCUGAGUUGAAGGCUUGUGUCUCUCACAGAAAGCCUCACUUGUGGAUCUGUUCAAGUUUCUGUUCUCAAACAUCCUCGACUCUACACAGAAACGAUGUCGACUGAAGGAAAUGUGUGAGGUUCUGCACACAAGACCUUUGUGAGUACGUUUAUGAAGUGCAACGUGUGUGUCGCCGUGUGCGUGUUUAAGAGUUUGUCGUUGUGGCAAUGGGGAGUUCUGCGUCAUCUCUGACUACGAACAGAGAUUCAGAUCACGGGUUCGGCAGCGCUUCGUUUCCCCCGGCCGCUCCGAUGGGCUGGCUCAGAACCAGCCACAGCAGUCCGGUGUGGGGAACCACUUUCAUCACACGCCAACAACAACAGCAGCCGAUACCACAUAGAGAACGCAGUAACUCUCAUUCUCCGGGUUCGAUGGCAGAAGUUGUGAGGAAUUCUGAUUGGUCAUGUGGACGCUGUACGUUUCUUAACUCCAGCACUUCCCUGCGCUGCUCCAUUUGUGAAGCACCCCGACAGAAGCCAGAUUUAAACCACAUUCUACGUCUCAGCAGUGCAGAAGAACCUCGCUGGUCUUGCCCCCGUUGUACCCUGACCAAUCACCAUGGAUUAGUUUCGUGUUCCAUCUGUGGAGCCACGCCAGUAACACCCAAUGGACCCCGUCCACCUAAGCAGCCCUCGCCCACCCCUGUUGACCCUGUUUCCAGCCCGGAAGCCAAAGGUCAGGUACCCAACGGGGAGACUCGUUGUGCAGAGUCCAAUGGGGAGGUGUCUGCAGGAGGGGAGGGGUCUUUGGAGUGGGCGUGUCCACGCUGUACAUUGGUAAACACUCCAGUGGCAAUGUCGUGCUCAGCUUGCGGCGGCCCGCGGAAACUGUCCCUGCCAAAGAUUCCUCCCGAGGCGCUAGUGGUACCUGAAGUACGCACACCUGUUGCUGGGUUUCCGACGCAGACGGCGGGAGCGUCCGCACCUCUUCUCAUUGAUCUGACCGAGGAUUCUCCACCUCAGGCACCUUCCGAAACCCCAUCGCCACCGAUCAAUCCCAUCCCAUUUCUCCCCCCUUCCUUUUCGUCGCUUCAAAAUAACCCAGUACCUCGCAGUCGAAGGGAAGUCCCACCCCCUGGACGGCCCCCAAACCCAGCCCCUUCUCCCACAUCCCCUUCUACCUGCCCGCCCACCAAAUCCAAACCCCUUCCGACCUCUGAGAAUUACCCAAUCAAGCGCCUCAGCGUGCUGGAGGAGGAGGAGCCUAACAACCCCGCCCCACCGGUCACCUCCCCUCCAUCAUGGAAGUGCCCCGGAUGUUCUGCUCCGACUGCUCCUCCUUCAUCAGCCGCAGGUCGCUGCGAUGCGUGCCGAGGCUCUCGGCCUGGCUCGGGUGGUGAUGUCAUCGACGUGAUGGGCGAAUCGGUGCGCUUCACGCCCGCAUCGCCUUCCAGCCCGGAUUUCAGCUCUUGGGCGUGUUCCAAAUGUACAUUAAGGAAUCCGACAGGAGCGGGUCACUGCACGGCCUGCGGAUCCUCCAAACUGCACGGUUUCUCCGAGCCGUCCAGCUGCUCCUCGUGCUCUAGGAUACAACCGCACUCUCAUUCGCGUGCCUUUACCUCCACCUCAUCUUCCUCGAUUUCCUCCCCGCCAGUCGGAGGAGCGCCGGAGAAGAGUUUGUGCCAGUGGACGUGUCCAGCGUGCACGCUGCUGAACGAGGGCCGGAAGAAACAUUGUGUGGCCUGUCACACGCCGCAGCAGUACCUGAAUCUGAAGAAAACUGGGAAAGCGCUCAAACGCAGGGAGAGCAUGCACGUGGAGGCGCGCAGACGCACGGAUGAGGGAGAAGCCAAGGAAUUGUUGGAAAAUAUCGUCAGCUUCUGUAGAGAGAACGCGGUGAACUUCGUAGACGACAGCUUUCCUCCGGGUCCUCGUUCGGUUGGUUUUCCUGAAAACGACAGCGUCCAGCAGCGAAUCAAAAAGUGGCUACGCCCUCAUGAGAUUAACUGCAAUAAUUUUAAGGAUCGUGGGGUGAAGUGGUCUGUGUUUAGGACGCCUCGACCUUCUGACAUACUGCAAGGCCUUCUGGGAAACUGCUGGUUCUUGAGUGCUUUGGCGGUCCUCGCCGAGCGGCCUGAACUGGUGGAGCGCGUGAUGAUCACAAGAACGAUCUGUCAGGAGGGAGCGUAUCAGGUCCGGCUGUGUAAAGAUGGUACAUGGACCACUGUUCUAGUAGAUGACAUGCUGCCCUGCGAUGAGUAUGGAUUUCUGCUUUUCUCACAGGCUCAGAGAAGACAGCUGUGGGUCGCUCUAAUAGAAAAAGCUCUCGCCAAGCUCCACGGGUCAUAUUUUGCAUUGCAGGCGGGUCGUGCCAUUGAGGGUUUGGCGACGCUCACUGGCGCCCCCUGUGAAAGUCUAAUGCUGCAGGUCAGCUCAACAAACCCGCGUGAGGAACCCAUCGACACAGAUCUGAUAUGGGCAAAAAUGCUCAGCUCCAAAGAGGCGGGUUUUCUGAUGGGAGCGUCCUGUGGAGGUGGGAACAUGAAGGUGGAUGAUAUGGUUUAUGAAUCUCUGGGGCUCCGCCCCCGACACGCCUACUCCAUACUGGAUGUCCGAGAUGUUCAGGGUUACAGACUGCUGCGUCUGAGGAACCCUUGGGGCCGGUUCUCCUGGAACGGUUCCUGGUCUGAUGAAUGGCCGGAUUGGCCGCAGCACCUGCGUCACGAGCUGAUGGCUCACGGCAGUAGUGAAGGUGUCUUCUGGAUGGAAUAUGGAGACUUUAUUAAGUACUUUGACUCAGUGGAUAUCUGUAAGAUUCAUUCGGAUUGGCAGGAGGUUCGUCUGCAGGGAAGUUUUCCCUGUCGAGCCAGCAAACCCAUCACAGUCACGGCUCUUACGGUUCUGGAGCGGACCGCAUUGGAGUUCGCCCUCUUUCAGGAGGGGAGCAGGCGUUCGGAUACGGCCGACAGUCACCUGUUGGAUCUGUGUAUAAUGGUCUUCCGGGCUUCGUUCGGCACUGGUAAUAAACUUGUUUUGGGACGCUUGUUGGCGCACAGUAAGCGAGCGGUGAAGAAGUUUGUGGGAUGUGAUGUGAUGCUGGAGCCGGGCGAGUACGCUGUGGUGUGCUGUGCCUUUAACCACUGGCAGAUGGAUCUCACGGGGGCUUCCACGCCAGUUUCCAGUCCCACCAAUGUUCGGAGACCUAGUCAAGAUUUCCCAGGCUACAUCUUGGCCAUCUACAGCUCCAGACAGGUGAUGGUGGAGCAGGUGGAGGCCAUGUCAACCACGCUCGCAGACGCCAUCAUCCUACUGACGGAGAACAAAGGAGAGAGACAUGAGGGCCGAGAGGGAAUGACAUGCUACUACCUGACGCAUGGAUGGGCAGGGCUCAUCGUCGUCGUGGAAAACCGUCACCCGAAGUACUACCUCCACGUGUCAUGUGACUGUACCGACAGCUUCAAUGUGGUUUCGACCCGAGGCAGUCUGAAAACCAUAGACAGUGUACCGCCCUUACACAGGCAGGUACUGGUGGUUCUGUCUCAGUUGGAGGGGAACGCUGGCUUCUCCAUCACACACAGGUUGGCUCAUCGGAAAGCAGCUCAGGCGUCGUUGGGCGACUGGACGUCCAGUAAAGCCACACACUCGCCCCAGCUCACCCCAGAUACUGAUGGACUGCACAGACCACGACCUCUUUGACACACGCUUACACACACAUGAGAACUGUCUCCCUUCAUUAAACUGAUCUAGACAAAUGCAGAGCCGUGUUGGCGAACACACACACACACGAAGACCUUGAGAGGGUCUGUGUUGAACUACUGAGCCAAUCACACGCCUGCUUGCUGAGCCAAGACCCGCCCACUGCGAACGCACACAUCAACAUAACCUAACUCUGUCUGCAGCCGACCCUGUGUACGUCUCAUGUUCGCGUUUUAGUUUCUUUCAUGAAUUUUCUGUCUAUUUCAAUGAAAUAAAAGGGUGAAGCUCACAGCAACACUUCACCCCCAAAUCAAAAGAAAUAAGAAAUUGUAUUUAGUGUACAAACGUCCUUUAAUUAGAGCAGUGAGAACCUGGAUGAAGAAAAUCCCAAAAUAGCAUAUUUUUAUGACCUAUUUAGCAAUUUCUUAUUUCGUGCUUUGCUUUGGGGGUAAACCGUGACCCGGACUGAAUGGGUUCUGGAUGGGAUUUUGUGAGAUUCAGCCAGUAAUGAACAGGAUUUUACUGUCAGUUAUGGGUGAAAUGUUUUGCAUGUUGGGUAAUGUAUGGACAUAUGAUAAUACUUGAUUCUGGUGGAUGGGAACACGCGUGCCGGUGGACUUUAUCUGUGUAAACCAUCUCUUUUAAUUUAUUUAUUUAGUGUUUUAGUAAAGUUAAAGCUUUCCAAGAGAAGCACAAGAGAUAAGCUGCUGGGAGAAAUAACCGAUCGGUCCAUUCGUUAUCGAUGUCAGAGCCCGAUCGCAGUGUGCUGGAAUCUGAUUGGUCGGUCGCUCGGCUGUCAGUGUAUUUUCUUUUAUUCGUCCAGUGUCUCUCCAUCUUGUGUAUUUUUUUUUGUAUGUUGUGUAGGUCUGUGUCGCCCUCUGUUGGUGUUGGCCUGAUCAACACACACACACAAACAUAAACACACACUAUCUGUCUUUCUUUUGUAUAUUGUACAGAGCUGAUUUCCUCCGCAUCCGAGUACUCGCUGUAAUUACACAAAUAGCUGAUGGACGGGAGGACCAUAUGUAGAAUAUUUUAUUGAGAUUCUGAGAUAAAAAGAAAAGACAAAUGUAUAAAAGUUUAAAAUCUGUCUGGUUUAUUUGCAAUCUCAGGUUCUGUUGGACCAAAUGACAAAUAAAGUUCUUUAGUUUCAUUUUUUAAAUCAAGAAACAUCAAGAGUUAUUCCAUUUUUAUUUGUUUGCUGGUGUUAAUAUGUUUUCAAAGAUGACUGAUAAAUGCUACAACUUUGUUUCCCUGUAUAGCUCAGUUGUAGGGCAUCGCAUUAGUAGCGCAAAAGAUCAUGGGUUUGAGUCCAGUUAACACACAGACUUAUAAUAGUUUUUACCUUGCAGUGCACUGUAAGUUUUUUGGACGAAAAGCAUCUGCCAAAUGUGUGAAAGUAAACGUUGUGGCACUUCAAAACAUUUUAAAAGGUUUUUGUUUGGGUCAGUUCUGGUUUCUUUUGCAGCUUUGUUUGGUGCAGAAAUGACACGAUCAUCUUUAACAACUAGUUAUUAUAAUGCUGAGACAUUACAGACAUUCUGCAGAUUAUCACAAAUCUAAUUGUUUUUAUAUGUUUAUUUCAUUUAAACCAAUGCUGCUGAACUUCUAGAAAAUCAUAUUUAUAUUGCUAAUUAUUUUACCUCUGUAAU